AUGAAGAUGUUCAGUAGACAAAGCCUUUCAAGGAAGUUGAUAUUGAUGCUCCGCAAGUCCCGAGCUUUCUUUACAAGAAAACUAUAUAAGUCAGAAGGAGGAGGAGGUUGGUUCGUGGAACUCCCAGAUGACGUCAUUCAACAGAUUCUGCAGCAACUGCCGUUGUCAGAUUAUCUGAAUUGCCGUAAUGUAUGCCCUUGUUGGCGAGCCGCAAUUGACAGCAAGCGAUGGCUUCCUGCUGCUCAUCAUGAAUUCCCAUGGCUUGUGACCAGUUCUAUGCUCGGAAGAGACAUGCUGGCAUCCUACAUCGAAACAGAUGAUGAUGAAAACUUGCGUAUUGUAAGCAAUCGGAAAAUUUGCAAUCUAAAAGGAAUGUAUUAUUGUGCUGGAUCAAUUGAGGGAUGGCUGAUCAUAACGCAGAGAAGAACAUAUGAUGAAUAUCGUUUCUUUUUCUGUAAUCCAGUAUCAGGUGCUCGAGUGAAGCUCCCAUUAAUCUGCGACACGUUCUUAUUCCCCAUGGUAAAAAUGGUAGCCUCUUCAGUACCAAAGACAACAAAGUGUUAUGUGACUUGCCUUCACUUAAAAGACAUAGGUUGUUUGGCCUUCUGUACGCCGAGUGAUAGAUCGUGGACCUUGAUUGAGCCCGGGGAAGCUUUAACAUUCCGGGAUAUAGAAAUACUUGAUGGGAAAUUAUAUGCGGUAGGGAGAAGAGAAUUAGAGUUUGUGAUGGUCUUUGACAUCCAUUUACACACCCAUGCUUACUCAUCAAAAAUAUUGGUUACUCUUCAGCCCGAUGUUAGCAACAUAGUUACAGCCUCUUACUUGGCAAAAUGUUGUGAAUCAAAGGACCUAUUUAUGAUUUAUCAUAACGAAGGAUCCAAAAAAUUAUUCCAAGUGCUGAAGCUGGAGUAUAAUAAUGUUACUACUAGUCCUCAGUGGGUAGAGAUUGCUGAUCUUGGUGAUCGGGCAUUGUUUAUCGACACCCACAACAGCAAAUCUAUCACUUGUUAUGAUAAAGCACUCGAAAGGAACUGUAUCUACUUUGUUUUGUCGCAAGUAAAUCUUGAUAGAGAUGAAUUUACAGCCGGGGUGUUUUCAUUGACAGAUAAGAGCUUCAAACCUAUAACUUUUCCCGGGCAUCUUCCCCGUUAUAAGUUUAUGAAUCAGAGUACUUGGUUCACACCAAAUCCUUGUUAG